GGUGCCGUGCUCUGGCGGGCGGCAAUCCUGAAGCCAUGAGAACUCUGGAGGAGAUUCAGGCCACUUUGGAAGUGGCCAAGCUGGACCCGGCCGACCUCCAGCCGUCAGUGCAAUGUAUAUCGUUCAGUGGAAAUGUCAGUUCGGGGGAUUACUGCCUCAUGGAACUGGACGAAACGCUUUGCAGAUGCAUUGAAUCCGGGCAGAGCUUGAUUAUCCGGGGUGAUAAGGAUGAACACGCUGUAUUGUGUAGUGAAGAUAAAACCUACGACUUAAAGGUGGCUGAUACAUCAAACAUGCUACUCAUCAUCCCCGAGUGCAAAAUGCCUGAUCAGCUUCCACCCAACACAAGUGCACAAGUGAUGCCCUGUCAGAUUUUUGGUUUUGCUAAAAGCUACUGGGAGUUGAAGAGAUCACGGCCCAAACUGAAGAAAUUGAAGAAACUACUAAUGGAAAACCCAUACAAUGGACCAUCUGGUGAGAACGGAAGAAAUUUGGAAUAUCCAAAGUAUACAACAGCGGAGUUACUUGAAAGAAUUCAAGCUAGUGAGCAGGAGCUAAUGCAGCAAUUGCAGCUGUUACGUGCAUGCAGGAUUGAGGGGUACUGGAGAAUUCUGGAGCUUGAUUAUGAAAUUAAGCUUCUGAAUCACGUGACUCAGUUGGUCGAUUCGGAAUCUUGGUCCUUCUCAAAGAUUCCUCUCAGUAUUUGCCUUCAAGAACUGGAACUUCUUGAACCAAGGGAAAUGAUAGAACAUUGUCUGAAUUGUUAUGGCAAACCAUACACAAAUGAAGGGGAAGUAUUUUAUGCCUUGAAUGAGGAUGAAGUCUGCAAAUCUGUUGCGCUGAUGCUGUUACAAAAUGCCGUAAAGUUCAAUCUGUCAGAGUUUGAGGAGGUGUGGCAACAGAGUGUACCUGAGGGCAUGUCAACAAGACUGGAUCAACUCAAGGGUGUUGCUCUUGUGGAUAGAAAUUCAAGGCCGCAGGUGAUUUUCCAGUUACAUGUGGAGGAUCUGUCAGAGAGCAUACAGGAUCGAUUCAACAGUCUCUUUAACAUCAGGGAGAAAUGGACAGAAGAUGAUAUUGCUCCAUACAUCCAGGGUUUAUGUGGAGAAAAACAGACUAUUGGGUCUCUACUGACCAAGCAUGCACGUUCAUCUGUGCAGAAUGGUGUGAAGGUUUACAGUUCAAGAAGGCCAGUUUGAAGGUGAAAUCGAACACACAAAACCUGCCAGGAAGAUGUGUCUCAAACAUUGCAACUGCUUGUGUUCCUCAGUCUUCCAUGGUUGUGGAAUUUUAACAUGCAUUCUUCCUCAUUACUUUUAUUUUUUCAGAAAUCAUGAUAAACAGCCAGGAUAUGUUCUUUAUUUAUCAACCAAAAUAAAAGUUACACUGCAACUAAUUAUGUCAAAGGAGCUGGUGGAUGCUAUGAACAUUUAUACUUGAUUACAAAAAAAACCUUCUUUAUUGCUAUUUGCAAUUACAAUACAAACUUAUAUGCCUAUUGGUGGUUGUUCAGUGACACUUGUUCGUCAUGAAUAUUGUUUUGGCCAAUUUGUGUGACGCGCCCUCAACUCCAAUAAUUGUUCCAAAAGUUAAAGAUCUGUAUUUGAUCCUUUAUUAGCAAUUAGAAAGCAUGCAAUUAAAAUUGAUCGUAACUAAGUGAAGUUGAAUGUAAUUUAGAGAUCAACAAAAGAUACAUCUGUCAGCCCCCAGAUGCAAAUUGCCUCGAGCAAAGCACAAAUACGUAAACUUAUUCCCUUUGCUUUUACCACACCCGUGUAACCAGUUACCAAAAUAAACGCACAACACAGAAUACAAUGCAGAUAUUGAACAGAUCCAUGACUCCUGCAGGUAUCAUAUGAUUGCAUUGUAAUGAAUGACAAUACAAGGUUUUUUAAAGUCCAAUUAUAUCUGAACUGAUUUGUUAAUAAACUGAACAAUUCCAUUUAUUUAUUUAUUUAUUUAGAGAUAGUGUGGAAUAAGCCUUUCGGCCUUUCAAGCCACACCAGCCGGCAACCCUUGAUUUAACCCUCGCCUAAUCUUGGGGCAAUUUACAAUGACCAAUUAAUCUACUAACAGGUAACAUCUUUAGACUGUGGGAGGAAACCAGAGCACCCAGACAAAACCCAUGCACUCUACAGGGAGGACGUACAAACUCCUUACAGAGGAUGCCAGAAUUGAACUCCGAAUUCCCUGACGCCCAAGCUGUAAUAACAGCACACUAACUACUAACAAGAGAAAACCUGUACCACCACACUAGCCUCUGCAUCCAGCACAUAAUUCUCCAAAACUUCCAACAUCUCCAGUGAGAUUCCACCACCAAGCACAUCUCUCCCCUCCACCCACAGGGAUUGCUCCCUGGUCCAUUCAUCCCUCCCCACUGAUCUCCCUCCUGGCUCUUCUUGCAACUGGAAUAUGUGCUACACCUGCCCCUACACCUCUUCCCACUACCAUUCAGGCCCCGAACAGUCCUUCCAGGUGAGGUGACACUUCACCUGUGAGUCUGUUGGGGUCAUACGUUGUGUUGGAUGCUCCCAAAGUGGCCUCUAGUAUAUCUGUGAGACCCAACGUAGAUUGGGAGACCGCUUCACCAAGCACCUACACUCCAUCCACCAGAACAAGUGGGAUCUCCCACUGGUCACCCAUUUUAAUUCCACUUUCCAUCCCCAUUCCGAUAUGUCUAUCCAUGGCCUCCUCCACUGUUGUGAUGAGGCCACACUUAGGUUGGAGGAACAACACCUUAUAUUCCGUUUGGUCAGCCUCCAACCUGAUGGCAUUGAUUUCUCAAACUUCCAGUAAUGCCCCACACCCUCCCUCUCCUUCACCGUUUCCCAACCUCCACCCCUCUUUUCUUUCCUCCAUGGCCUUCCGUUCUUUUACCAAUUUACUUCCCAGCUCUUUAUUUUAUCAGACAGACAUGCUUUAUUGAUCCCGAGGGAAAUAGGGUUUCGUUACAGCUGCACCAACCAAGAAUAGUGUAGAAAUAAAGCAAUAUAAAACCAUAAAUAAUUAAAUAAUAAGUUAAU